AUGUGGACAUAUACUUCAUCGAACUUGCAUUCAGGAAAUUAUCAUGGGAACCGAAGUGAAAUGUCCGACGAUCAGAGUCCACCGCUGACUGCAUCCAUACAAAGUCAGUUGAAUCAAACCAACAAUGAGCAAGACCGAGAACCAGCACCCCCGAAUAAAGUGCAAGGUUUGAUAACCGAACUAUCCACACCCACUAAAGGUGAAUCUGACAAAGCCGAUGAGAAUGAGAUACCUGAUGGAUCAUUGUCCCAAAGUAUACCAAAAAGCGAUCAAAGCAGAAAAACGCGUGACUUACUGUAUGCAUAUCAAGGGGAAAUUUGGUGUUGGUAUUACUAUGCGAAAGGGUUUGAAAAACGUUUAUGA